UCAGGAUGGGCAGCAAGAUGGCGUCUGCCAGCAGGGACGUCCAGGUAGUCAAGCCACAUGCUCCAUUAAUAAGAUUCCCUAACAGAAGAGACAAUCCUAAACUCAGUGCAUCAGAAGCUUUGAGAUUGGCAGGGCUCCCACCUCGCUCUUCCUUGAUCUCCCAGCAUGCUAAGGGAAGUAAAUCACCAGACAAGAUACACCAUGGUCCACCAGACACUGCAGCAAUAUUAAAAACAUUACCUCAGAAAUACAGAAGGAAACUGAUAUCUCAGGAAGAAAUGGAAUUUAUCCAGCGUGGAGGGCCAGAAUAAUCAUUGAGGCUGCUGCUUAUCAUCAAAGAAUUAUCUUUACAAUAAAGGACUUCCAAAA